AUGAACAUCAACAGGCGACUAUUAAAGUGUGAUUCAAGUGAAUAUUACAAGAUUAAAGAUUAUAACGCUGUUGAGAACGGAUUAAAUGGAUUAAAAUCUUCAGACGAUGAGCUUUACAUUGAAACAGAAGAUGCCUUACUUGAAGCUUCAAGUUUACUGUACAACUCACUGUACUACCAUUGCUCGUGUCCUCCCUCCGGCUCAUCUUCCUCUUUAACAUAUGGCUUACCUGUACUCUCACUGCAUCAUCAUCGUCGAGGUUCACCUGUAAUCAAUGCUCGACACGCGCGUUCAUCUUCACUUCAUCCAUCAACCGAUGGCCAUCAUCCAGUUUACAUUGGUGCAAAUGCCUCAUCAAGACUAACUUCAGCCUUAACCUCAACUUUAACCUCAUCCACUUCAAUGCCAUCGACAACAGUAUCCAGACCAAGUAGUACUAUCACAAGUAACGCUCGAUCACCAGCAAUCACAACCAAUUGCACAAAUUCACCGACUCAACCCAAUCUAAGUCUAAUUUCACCAGAAUUACUUUCCAUUUAUGGUUCAACUUAUAAGAUAUUUCCAGGUAAGAUUUCAAUAUUAUCUCAAGAUUUGCUUAAUUCAAAGACAACAGAGUAUCAAGAAGACAAUAUAUCCCAACACUGUUCAGUAACGCUAUCCUUCCAGAUACUAGAAUCUAAGCUACUCGCUAAGUUGUAA